AUGAAAAUCCGGGAUCUGAAGAAAGAACUCGAAGCCAAACAAGCAGAAUACGAAAAGGCCCGGGCUCGCCUCGAAAGCCGCCGCACGGAGGCCCGCAAUGACACAGGGAGCGUCAACCCCUCAAAUGCGGACAUGCACAAUACGCUCAUGGCCCUAAAAAAGCGUCUCGAGGACGGCACCAGCGGAGAAGUCGGGGAAUCCCCUUUCACGAAAAGGCUAGAGGACGAGACAAAGCAAAGGCACAUCAAGCAUCUCAACCUGAACUCCUUCGACAGAAUGGGGGAUCCCGAGGAGCACCUUAGCUACUUUAAUCAACUUGCCCUACACUACGAGUACCGCGACCUCACCAAAUGUCGCUUCUUCGCCGCUACCCUGAGGGGAAGCGCGCAGCGAUGGUUUAGCCGUGUUCCGGCCAGAAGCAUAGACACAUGGGUAAAUUUUAAGAUAGCUUUCCUAAACAAAUUCCGGGCCAACCAGCCACAGGAGGUACACACCUCCUACUUACAAACGAUCGGACAAAGAGAGGGGGAAUCACUACAAAGCUACAUCGACCGCUUCAAGGAAGCGGUCAACAAGAUCAUCUGCGUAAACAAAAUCGAAGCCCUAGUCCAUCUGAAAAGGGGUUUGGACCCGUAUGAGUGUGAAAAAUACGUUGUUAAACUAAUGGAGGUGCAACCCACGACCCUGGCCAAGGCAUAUGACCUAGCAUCCCAAGCAGUCACAGAGGCGGAGUCCCUCGCCGUGUUGAAACGGGCGCGGACCCCGCCCUCCAGCAAUCAGAAACACUACCCUCGUGAGCGACACGCCCCGUACCAAAAGCCCGUGGAGCAGAUACAGGUUUAA